GGCGGCGGCGCGGCGGGGACGCGGGGCCCCAGCGGGCGGCCGGGGGCGCCGCGCUGCCAUGGCGGAGGCCGCGCCGCAGCUCCUGUCGCCGCCGUCGGGGCUGCUGGAGCUGUGCGCUCUGCUGGGCCCGGCCCGCGACAGCCUCCGCCGCCUGGAACAGGCUGCCCAGAAGAAGGGAAUGCGGGCCACCCCACUGGACCCCGAGGUGCUGUCGGUGUUUGUGCCCCCGUUUUUCUGCAAGGAGGACGGCCCCGAGGCCAGUGGCGCCCGCGGGACACUGGCCAAGACCCGGAGACGCUCGUUCCGCAAGAGGAAAGACAAACCCAGGAUGGAAGGUGGGCACCCAGGGGGGCACCUGGGGCCAGACCUCGAGGACGUCAGCAUCCCAGAUGGUGUGGACUUACUUGCCCUGCCGCAGCUCUGCUUCCCAGGCGGCCUGUCUGUAUCCGUCGAACCCCAGCAGGACCGCAUGCACUUCCUCGUGCUGACAGACGUAUGCGGGAACAGGACGUAUGGCGUGGUGGCUCAGUACCACCGGGCCCCACAGGACGGGUCCUGCUUCUACAAUGGCAAAGCACAAGGGGACGCAGCCCGGCCCAGUGCCAGCACCAGUGGCUGCUUUGUACCGUUCGCCGUAUGCGUGAUCUCCCGGUUCCCGUACUACACGGCGCUCAAGGACUGUCUCUCCUGCCUCUUAACACACCUGAAGCUCUGUAAAGACUUUGAAGUCAACAACCACAUCAAAGAUUUCGCUGCCAAGCUGGCCUUGAUCCCGAACCCGCCGCCGGGCCCGCUGCACCUGGUCUUCAACAUGAAGCCACUCCAGAUCGUGCUCCCGUCCCAGGCGGACCCCGAGAGCCCCGUGGUGGACCUGGCCCUUCACCUGCCCUUCCUGAGCUUCACGCCCGAGAAGGUGCUGCAGAUCCUGGCCAGCCUCCUGACGGAGCAGCGGCUCGUGUUCUUCUCCUCCAGCUGGGCGCUGCUGACGCUGCUCGCCGAGUGCUUCCUGGCCCUGCUGCGCCCACUGCAGUGGCCGCACACCUUCGUGCCUGUGCUCUCAGCCCAGAUGCUCGACUUCCUCAUGGCGCCCACUGCCUUCCUCAUGGGCUGUCACCUCGACCACCUCGGGCAGGUCAGCAAGGAAGCCGAGGGCUUGGUUCUCGUCAACAUCGACAGUGGGAGUGUCACCCACUGCAGUGAUGACGCGGCCAUCCCCGACAUCCCCCUGCCGGCAGCACAGACCUUCAUCCAGAGGGUCCGGAGGCUCCAGCUGCACCGAGAGCUCGACGAGGCCCACCUGGGUGCCAGCACGGACCUGAAUGAGGCCCGCGCCCGCCGCCGGGCCUGGCAGCAGACGCUCAACAGCGAGGUACAGCACCUGGCACUGCAGCUGCUCGUCAGCAUUUUCAGGGACGUGAAGACUCACCUGAGCUACGAGCAUCGGGUGUUCCACAGCGAGGAGUUCCUCAGGACGCGCGCCCCGGGGGACCAGCGCUUCUACGGGCAGGUUCUAGACACCUACAUGUUUCACUCCUUCCUGAAAGCCCGGCUUAGUAGGAAGAUGGACGCCUUCGCCCAGAUGGACCUAGACACGCAGCCCGAGGAGGACAGGCUUCCUGGCAUGCUGAUCAGCCCUCGGAGGCCAACGGCGGGGAAGCUGGCCUCCCGCAAGCCCUCGCCGCUGCGUGCGGCCCACAGGCGCAUGGUGGUCAGCAUGCCCAACCUGCAGGACCUCGCCAUCCCUGAGCUGCAGCCCCGGAACGCGUCGCUGCGGAAGGCAGAGCCCGGGGACUGGGACUAUGGCCCAGCCCUGAAGGUGGCUCCGAAGUCCACGUACACCUUCAAGAUCCCAGAGAUCCACUUCCCGCUGGUGAGCCAGUGCGUGCAGGCGUACCAUGCGGAGCUGGUGGCGCUGCUCAGCAAGGCCAUGGGGCUGCUGGGCCCCGAGCACGCGGCCCUGCACGCCCGCUACCUGUACCUGCGUGGCCUCGUGCGCCUGCGCCAGGGCCAGCUGCUGGCCGCCCUCCUGGACUUCCAGAGCCUCUAUAAGACCGAUGUGCACAUCUUCCCCGCCGACCUGGUCAAGCAGACCGUGGAGUCCCUGCCGGCGGCCACACGUGCCCAGGCCGAGCACAUGCCUGAGCUGCGCAGGCUCAUCAGCGAGGUCACGGAGCAGCCCCGGGAUGCUGCCAAGGCCGACGAGCGCGUCAAGAACUUCGAGCUGCCCAAGAAGCACCUGCCGCUGGACGACUUUAUGAAGACGGUGCAGGAGUCGGGCAUCGUGAAGGACGCCAGCACCAUCGGCCGCCUGUUCGAAGCGCUGACUGUGGGGCAACAGAAGCUGAUCGACCCCGACACCUUCCGAGACUUCUACAUGUGCUGGAAGGAGGCGGAGGCCGAGGUGCAGGAGGUGAACCUGCCGCCGUCGGUGGUCGAGUACCUGGACAAGAACGAGUGUGUGUACAAGCUGUCGAGCUCCAUCAAGACCAGCCGCGGCGUGGGCAAGAUCGCCAUGACGCAGAAGCGCCUGUUUCUCCUCACCGAUGGCCGGCCCGGCUAUGUGGACAUCACCACUUUCAGGGACAUUGAGGAAGUGCGGCUGGGCACCUCGGCUUUCCUGCUGCUGCGGGUCCCCUCCCUGAAGAUCCGGACUCAGUCCCGGAGGGACGUGUUCGAGGCCAACCUGAAGGGCGAGUGCGACCUGUGGCACCUGAUGGUGAAGGAGAUGUGGGCCGGGAAGAAGCUGGCGGAGGACCACAAGGACCCCCAGUACAUCCAGCAGGCUCUCACCCAUGUGCUGCUGAUGGAUGCAGUGGUGAGCACGCUGCAGUCCCCGGGCGCCGUGUACGCCGCCUCCAAACUCUCCUACCUCGACAGGCUGCAGCAGGAGGCGCCCAUGGCUGUUCCCAAGACCACCUCGGAGACGCUGAAGCACAAGAUCAACCCGUCAGCUGGGGAGCCGCUGCCACAGGCAGUGGAUGUGCUGCUGUACACUCCAGGGCACCUGGACCCCGCGGAAAAGGCCGCUGAUGCACACCCGAAGCUGUGGUGCGCGCUGGGCGCCGGCAGGGUGGUGGUAUUUGACGCGUCCUCCUGGGCCGUGCACCAGCACUGCUUCCGUGUGGGCACCGCCAGGCUGAACUGCAUGGUGAUGGCGGAGCAGAGCCAGGUGUGGGUGGGCUCCGAGGACUCGGUCAUCUACAUCCUCAACGUGCACAGCAUGUCCUGCAGCAAGCAGCUCACCGACCACCGCCACAGCGUCACGGGCCUGGUGCUGCAGGACAGCUCGCAGGGGACCAGCGAGGUGUACUCCUGCAGCGUGGACGGGACGGUUCUGGCCUGGAACGUGCGCUCCCUGCGCGUGACCCGACGCUUCCAGCUGCCCUGCGGUGGCCUGUCGUCCAUCAUGCCCUGCUGGGAACACCUCUGGUGCUGCACCUCCAACAGCAUCCUGGUUGUAACCUCGAAGGGCUUCCUGCGCCAGGAGCUGCGGAUUGAUGACACCUUCAAAGAGACCAGCACCUGCUUCCUGGCCUUCCAGCUGCUCCCCAAGCAGGAGCAGCUGUGGGCUGUGUGCUCGGGCUACGCCUGCAUCUACAUCUGGAGCCUCCGGGACAUGAGCCAGCCCCCUGAGCGCAUCCCCCUGCAGGACUGCGCCGAGAUCCGGUGCAUGAUCCGGGUGAAGAAGCAGAUCUGGGUGGGCGGCACGGGGCUCUCGCAGGGCCAGACCAAGGGGAAAAUCUACGUGAUCGACACGGACAGGAGGACAGUGGACAAGGAGCUGGUGGCGCACGCUGACACCGUGCAGACUCUGUGCUCAGCAGAGGACAGAUAUGUGCUGAGCGGCUCCGGCGCACAGGAGGGGAAGAUCGCUAUCUGGAAGGUGGAAUGAGGAACCGGGGCGGAGACCCCCACCGUGCCCCCGCCAGCAGCCCGCAGCCGGGGCAGUCCCCUGCACUGAGUCUGGAACGUUCCAGAAUCCACCACCAGGGGCCGCACCAGAGUCAGUCACCCCACUGACACUCCUGCCCCGUUCACGCAUUCCCUCCCCAGCUACUAACAAGAUCAGGUGUGCUCCAUGCCGGGCAGAUGGUCACUCUGUGGCCGGCACAGGUGGGACCCAGGGUCCCAGGGACCAGGGGAGCCUGCACGGCCGGGGCCUCGCAGCCAGGCUAGGCCUGCCGAGCCAGCGUCAGUUAGCAGCCGACUGGUCACAGGCCAGAGUCCCAGUGGAACAGCGUGAAGGGGCCAAGCGACUGUACUGCAGUGCCCCGCCGUGGUGGUGAGGGUGCGCACUCUGUGGAUAUGUAGAUGGUGCUUUAUUUAACUGAAGAUCUUAGCAGCAAA